GCACUUUCAACUUGCAGAGAAGUUUGUCCGUCACUUCAGUCACAGAGCGGUGCUGCUGUACCAGUCAGAGUGGCACUGGCGUGAAGUUCAGAAUUGGGUCUGAGAAGAUCAGCCAUCCAGGCGGCCGCUGGUCAUCAUGAAGAAAAUCUUCGCCCUACUUCUGUGCGUAUUUGCUGCUGCUGUAGCCCAGGACCCAGAUCAGGCCCAUGGGUGCUCACAGGGAAGCUGCUAUCCAGCAACUGGAGAUCUUCUGGUGGGUCGAGCUAACAAGCUGAAGGCCACAUCUACCUGUGGUCUGCGGAGAAAAGAGCCAUACUGCAUAGUGAGCCACCUGCAGGAUGAGAAGAAGUGUUUUCAGUGUGACUCUCGACACCCCUAUGAUCCUGUGUACAAUCACAUCAGCCAUCGAAUUGAAAACGUCAUCACCACGUUCAAGGAGCAUCGUAAGAAGUCUUGGUGGCAGUCAGAGAAUGGAAAGUCUGAAGUUAGCAUCCAACUGGACCUGGAAGCAGAAUUCCACUUUACACACCUCAUCAUGACUUUCAAGACCUUCCGACCAGCUGCCAUGCUGAUUGAGCGUUCUGCAGAUUUUGGACGUACCUGGCAGGUCUAUCGCUAUUUUGCAUAUGACUGCCCGUCAGUCUUCCCUGGAAUUUCACAGGGUCCCCUCCGCAAAGUCAAUGAUGUCUUCUGUGAGUCACGCUACUCGGACAUUGAGCCGUCUACUGAGGGUGAGGUGAUUUAUAGAGUUCUGGACCCUGCCAUCCCCAUUAAGGAUCCUUACAGCCCUGCUAUUCAAAACCUACUGAAGAUCACUAAUCUAAGAGUAAACUUCACCAAGCUGCACACUUUAGGAGACAACCUGCUGGACUCACGGGUGGAGAUCAAGGAGAAGUACUACUACGCCUUGUAUGAACUGGUGGUGCGGGGUAACUGUUUCUGCUAUGGCCAUGCUUCAGAGUGUGCGCCCAUUGCUGGAAUCCGGGAUGAUAUUGAGGGCAUGGUGCAUGGAAGGUGUGUUUGCAAACACAACACUCAGGGCCUGAACUGUGAGCAGUGUGGUGAUUUCCACAAUGAUUUGCCUUGGAGGCCUGCUGAAGGAAAAAACACCAACGCCUGCAAGAAAUGCAAUUGUAACAGCCAUGCCAGCCGAUGCCACUUUGACAUGGCAGUGUAUCUUUCAACUGGAAACAUCAGUGGAGGUGUCUGUGAUGACUGCCUGCAUAACACCAUGGGGCGCAGCUGUGAGAUGUGCAAACCUUUCUAUUAUAAGGAUCCGACAAAGGACAUGCGGGACCCAGGGGUGUGUGUGGCCUGUGACUGUGACCCUGAUGGCUCUUUGAACGGAGGAAUUUGUGACGGCCAUGAUGACCCCGCCCUGAGAAUGAUUGCAGGACAGUGUCGUUGCAAGGAGCAUGUGGAAGGGCAACGCUGUGACAAGUGCAAGUCAGGAUACUUCGGACUCAGUGCAGAAAACCCAAAGGGAUGCCAACCCUGUCAGUGUGACCCCCGUGGAACUGUGUCAGAAGGUCCCCAAUGUGACCCAAUUAGUGGCGACUGUUUCUGCAAACGUCUAGUGACUGGACGCAGCUGUAACAAGUGCUUGCCAGAGCACUGGGCUCUUAGCCACGAUCUCCAUGGCUGCCGAUCUUGUGACUGUGAUGUUGGUGGCGCUCAUGACAAUCUGUGUUCAAUGGAAAAUGGUCAGUGCCAAUGCCGCAGUCAUAUGGUGGGCCGGCAGUGCAACCAGGUGGAGUCGGGUUACUACUUCAUGGCCUUAGAUCACUACACCUAUGAAGCUGAGUUUGCACAUCUUGGCCAGGGUUGUGUAGUAGUGGAGCGUUCAUCUAACCGAGUUCCCACUUGGACUGGGUCAGGCUUUGUCCGUGUUCCAGAACGAAGUAAAUUAGAAUUCAAGAUAAAUAACAUUCCGUAUUCAAUGGAGUAUGACCUUCUGAUUCGAUAUGAGCCACAGUUACCCAAGGAAUGGGAGGAGGUGAGAGUAACGGUUAUCCGACCAGGUCCCAUUCCAACUAGCAGCCCCUGUGGAAACACAAUUCCAGCUGACGACUUGCUUUCUGUCUCAUUACCAGCUGAUCAAAGAUUUGUUCAGCUGCAGCAGCCUGUGUGUCUGGAGAGGGGUGUCAGUUAUAUCAUCCGCCUGGAGUUCCCUCGAUACACUUCCAGAGAGAAUGUCGCUAAUGCAAACAUCCUUAUAGACUCUAUUGUCCUCUUGCCUCGCUACUCUUCAUUAGAGAUGUUUAUUGCUGGUGACCCCACAUCCCUGAGCCGCAAGGAAAACUAUGAGAGAUAUCACUGCCAUGACACAGCCAAGGCAGUGGUGCGACCGCAGCCCAGUGAUGUCUGUGCCAAGCUCAUUUCCAGUAUGUCUGCAACGAUUCAUGGAGGCGCCCUGCCCUGUCAGUGUGACGCACAGGGAUCUGUUAGCUCUGUGUGUGAUCCCAGCGGAGGAAGAUGCAGAUGCAGGCCAAAUAUUUUUGGGCGCCGAUGUGACCUGUGUGCUCCUGGAACCUUUGGCUUUGGCCCAUCUGGGUGCAAAUCAUGUGAUUGUAGUGCCGAUGGGUCCCGUAGCUGGCUCUGUGAUCAGUUCAGUGGUCAAUGUCCUUGCAAGCCUGGUGCUUUUGGCCCUCGCUGUGACCGCUGUCAGACCGGACACUGGGGAUUCCCUAACUGUCGUCAGUGCCAGUGCAAUGGGCAUUCAGAGGAUUGUGACCAGAGGAGUGGAAAUUGCCUCACAUGUCGGGACCACACAACUGGCAACAAGUGCGAAAGAUGUGCUCUUGGAUAUUAUGGAAAUCCAGUUCUGGGAUCUGGAGACCAGUGUCGGCCUUGUCUUUGCCCUGAUGGGCCCACAAGUGGACGAUAUUUUGCUGCUUCCUGUUAUCAGGACGCAAGAAACCGACAGAUUGUGUGCAACUGUCAUCAGGGAUACACAGGAAUGGUUUGGAGGUCAAAGAGAGACUUCCAGCGACCACGUUGUGAUGAAUGUGCUCCUGGUUACUAUGGAAACCCCUCUCAGCCAGGAGGGCGCUGUCAGGCCUGCCAGUGUCACAACAACAUUGACAUCACCGACCAGGAAGCCUGUGACCGGCGCACUGGCGAGUGCAAAAAAUGCCUCUACAACACAGAAGGUCCCGGCUGUGGAGUCUGCAGAGCAGGCUACUUUGGAGAUGCCAGCAGACGUGACUGCAGGAAAUGCACAUGUAAUUUCUUGGGCACAGACCGCAGUCAGUGCAGAUCUCAGGAAGAGUGCACAUGUGAAAGGAGCAGUGGGCAGUGCCAAUGUAUGCCCAAUGUUGUUGGUCGAAACUGUGAUCACUGUGCUGUGAACUUCUGGAACCUGGCCAGUGGAAGUGGCUGUAUUGCUUGUGGCUGCGACCCUAACAAUGCCAUCAGCCCAGCGUGUAAUGAGUUCACUGGAAAGUGUCAAUGUCGCCAAGGCUUUGGAGGACGGACAUGUCAGGAAUGCCAGGAUAAUUACUGGGGAGACCCCAAUGUACAGUGCCGAGCUUGUGACUGUGACCCUAGAGGUAUUGAAAUCUCACAAUGUAGACGAUCCACUGGCCACUGUGUUUGCAGGCAAGGCGUAUCGGGUGUGAGGUGUGACCAGUGUGCCCGUGGAUUCUCUGGAAAGUUUCCUGACUGUCAACCCUGCCAUCAGUGCUUUGGAGACUGGGACAGAGUUGUACAAGAUCUUGCUGCUCGCACCCGAAACCUGGCUGAGAGAGCCCGUCAGAUUCAACAGACUGGUCUUACUGGUGUCUAUGAGAAGAACUUCAGAGAGCUGGAAGAAAAGCUGGCUCAGGCACAGACUAUUGUGAAUGCUCGCAAUGCUACUGCUGAAUCUAUAACUAAACUCAUGGAUCUGAUGAAGGGACUAAGGAAUAAAAUCAGUGAAUUGACAGAUACCCUAAACAGGCUGGAGGGACAGCUGACCACUGUGCAGGACAACAAUUUUGCAACUAGCAACAAUCUGAGCUCCUUAGAGAGAGAGGCUCGAAAGGUCAACAUGUCUGCAAGUGAACUGGAACGCCAGCUUGAUGUCCUCAAGAACUCCAACUUUUUGGGCGCCUAUGACAGCAUCCGUGGCUCCUACAAUAAGUCCCGUGCUGCAGAGCGCCUCGCCAAUGAAUCGACCAUUACAACACCAAGCACUGUCAGCCAGUCUGCUGACACACGCCGCAAGACAGAGCGUCUGAUGGCAGAGAAAAAAGACGACUUCAACAAGAAGAAUGCAGCCAACAAACGGGCCUUGAAUGAUCUCAAUGGCAGGGUGCAAAUGCUGGACCUGAAGAAAAUCAAUGAAAAAGUAUGUGGCGCCACAGAGGAUGUCCCCUGUGCUGAAAGUCCAUGUGGUGGUGCUGGCUGCAGAAAUGAUGAGGGAAACAGACACUGUGGUGGAUUGAAUUGUAAUGGCGCCGUAGCAAUGGCAGACAAUGCACUGGAGAGGGCCAAACAUGCAGAGAAAGAGCUCACCAAUGCCAUAAGAGAGGUGGAGGAGCUGUUUCAAAAGGUGGCAGAGGCAAAGUUGAAGGCAGAAGAUGCCAAGGUGCGUGCACAAGCAGCCCUAGAUAAGGCCAAUGCCACUAAGGCCAGAGUGGAGAAGUCAAACAAUGAGCUGAGGGACCUGAUCAAUCAGAUCCGUAACUUUCUCACACAGGAGGGAGCUGAUCCUGACAGCAUUGAAAUGGUAGCAAGUCGGGUCCUCCAGCUAUCCAUCCCUGCAUCUCCUGAACAGAUCCAACAUCUUGCCGAAGAGAUCAAAGACCGUGUCAACAGCCUCUCCAAUGUGGACUCCAUUUUGGAGCAAACCAAUGAUGAUGUGCGCAAAGCAGAACAGCUUCUGCAAGAUGCCAAGAGGGCCAGGACUCGAGCAGAAAGUGUGAAGAACACAGCAGAAAUGGUAAAGCAGGCAUUGGAGGAUGCUCGCAAGGCUCAAACAGCUGCUGAGAGGGCAAUACAGCGUGCAAAGAAUGACAUUGACCAGACAGAGGAUAAACUUACCCAGAUGCGCUCGGCGACGGACAUCAAUGAGAAAAAUCUGAAGGAUGCCAUGGAUCGCCUGGGUUUGAUUGGCAGGCAGAUUGAUGAUCUGAAAACAAAGCGAGCCAACAACAGCCUGAUGGCAUCUCGGGCAGAGGAGACAGCAACGAUGGCAAGAGAUAAAGCCAAUGAAGCCAAAACGAUUCUGGAUGGCGAGUUGACUGACAAAUAUAAAACGGUUCAAGACCUCGUUGACAGGAAAGCCAAAACGGUCCAGGAGGCAAAACGCAAAGCAGAGAAACUGCGUGAUGAAGCCAAGCAGCUGCUGAAGGAGGCACACAACAAGCUACAGCGGCUGAAUGAUCUAGAAAAGGAUUACAUGGCAAAUGAGAAAAUACUGGAAAGAAAAGCUUCACAGCUGGAUGGGCUGGAAGAAAAAAUGAGAGGCAUCCUGGGUGCCAUCAACCAACAGAUACAGAUCUACAACACUUGCCAGUAAUGCCCACAUGUAGCAAGCCUGAACUGCAGAAACAUGAAAAGGUCUGUCAAGCAAGCUCAACAUCAUGAACCUGAAAUGCUACUGCUUUCAUUUGGACUCGGAGAAUCAUACAUUUUUUUUAUCAAAUGAUAUAGGGUCUCAUAUUUUCAUUCUAAUAGAAGUUAUUGAUUCGUUUUGCUUUCAGUACAUUAACUUAUUGAAAGUAUAUUUUUUUAAAUAAAUACAGUACUUCAAAAAGGUUAAUCUUAGGUGUUCAAAGUGUUUCAUAAAUAGUGUUUAAAGCAAUCAAAUAAUUGUAAAUAAAGCAUUUUUAUGGCUGUAUUGGAAAGAAAACUAUAGCAGAACAGAACUAGUCCCUCCUGACCCCACAUUUUUAAUGAAAAUCUAUUUUUCUCCAAAAUAUUUGAUCUAUUAUUUAUUAUUAUUCUAUAAUACAAAGUACACAACAUAUGCAGUAAUUAAUCCUGUCAUUGCACAAUAAAGUGAAAAUAAAAGCAGAAGGGAUGCAAACUUGACUUGACUCUCCUUAUUUCAUGUGUCUAAUGGUCAGUAUGCAUUGUAGUCUUGUUAGCUCUGUAAAACUUCCUAUGAUUGUGCAUGCACUAUAUCAAAUAAAGAUUUCUUCAUUAAAUAUGUAACUUUACAAGUC